AUGGCGGCCGAGUCAACGCAAGAUGACAGCCACGCCAAGGCGUGGGAGAAAGCGGAGAAAAAGUUCACACAUAAACAUGCUAGCGAAUACUACGAUCCAUGCCAAGACUUCGCUGAUCGGAGUCUUAAAUGUAUGAAGCGGAAUGCCUAUGACCGUGAAUUGUGCCACGAUUACUUCCAGUAUGUUCCAGACAUUCCCGCCAGCUUUGAUCAUUAUCAUGACUCGUCCUCGUUGGCUCACCCAGAAAAAAGCCUCUUUGACUCCUCAAUCCAAAUGAUGACUUGA